AUGACCGGGGCUCCGCCGUAUCACCCCCAGUCUCCGACUCAGCAGUCUCGGUACGCUGCCUAUUCGCCCUCGAAUAAACCGCGUCAUUUCUACCCGAGCAAUGAGCAGUACCAGCAACACCCGCCUCAAACGCCCCCUGCCUUCCCGCAACCCAACCUCGCGCGGAGCCCUCACUAUUCACAUGCGCCUACGCCUAUGCCAGGGUCUCUACCACCAUUGAACGGCGGUGCACCCCAGCCGCCGCAUCCAUCCGAUCCGUCGCCGCAGUACCAAGCACAUUCAGCCGCAGGGACUCCGCAAUACCUUCCCCGACCUUACUCUGGCUCCCUGUUGCCCGGUAGUGGCGCAUCCCCAUACGGGCCCUCUACGCCGUCCCACGCCCAUCCCUCUAGUCGUCCGGACAGCCAUGCUCAUGUGGUGUCGCCUAAGAAAGAGCCGGAGGCACAUUUCUCAAUGAGCCAUGGAGUUCCUCCCUACUCUAUGAUGCGUGAGCCGAGAGCGGCUUCACCUCCGAGGGAAGCUAAACCUGCUCGCGCCGCGGACCCAAUGUCGUUUGCUAGCAUCCUUUCAGGGCCCACCGAAGAGCAAGCUCCUCCUAAAAGACAGUCCCCUCCACCUGGACUAGGUUCGAUCCAUUCAGCUGCGCCAUCAGUCAAUGCUACUACAAGCCUGAGUCCUCCUCCACCGGUCGCUUUUAACCCCAGAGUAAGAGAUAUCGAGCCAGCUCCACCCGCUUCGUCCUCAAGAUUAGAGAAGAAACCUAGCACGGACAGGCGUCGACGCGUUACUGAGAAGGAUCCGAAAACGAACGACAUCUCGGCGAACGGUGUCGCGGAACCUCCCAAGAUCAUGCGGCCCCCUCGCCGAAUUAUGUCAGAAAAGGAAACGGAAAUGGUCAACAAAUACAUGGUCGAAAUUGACAAUGCAGACAAGAGCGAUGUGGAAGCUCCAGGUUUUGAACAAGAACAAGAACGGUAUCUCCUUAAAGGGAAGAGGCGCGCCUUAGAUCUGGAACGUACCGAGGGCAUCAGGCGCAAGCGUCGCCGCCACAAUUAUCUCUAUACACUUACCAAGUCGUUCGCGAGACAAGCCAAUGCGGGCACGGAGCGAUUCCGAUAUGCAAACGAAGCUUCCGUCAUCGCCGAAGUUCAGGCGAAGGAAGUACAGGAUGAGAAAGAACGCAAGAAAGACAUGCAGCGCAAACGCCGACGAGAGAAUACCGUGCGGCUGGAAAUGCAGAAAAAGCUUGAAGCAGAGCUCAAGGCAAACGAGACCCAGGACUCUGCUGAGAAAGCCAAGUUCCUGCGGGAAGCAGAACGUGCCCAGAGGAAAAUCAAAACCACGAAACGGGCCUUGGAAGGCGUUACUUCUCCAGAAGAGAUUGGCGAGGUCACCCCGUUGGCACCUAACCUUGAAGGAGGGACCACCAGUUCCUUCCACAUUGGCCGAAGCUCUCCGUCAAGGCGCAAGUCCGGUCGCGGCGGCCCCGUCACACGACCCAAAAAGUCAAAAGAGCAGAAGCAAGCCGAAAAGGACGCUGCCGAGGCUGCCUAUGCUGCUAUGGAAAACGAUGAGCCUCUGCCUCUUGCUCCAAGGGAGGACCCACGAAAGGAGGCCCUCAAGAAGGAUGCCAAGGGCGGUCGCUCCAAAGAAGCCACACCUAUUCCCAUGUCUACCUAUGAGUCGAAGGGCUACAACCAGAUCUACGAACAGAUCUGGAGGGAUAUCGCACGUAAAGAUAUUCCCAAAGUCUACCGCACCAAAGUCAACUCUCUGAGCACUCGGCAAGAGAAUUUGCGCAAGACGGCCCAGCUAGCCAGCAAGCAGUCUCGCAAAUGGCAGGAGCGUACCAAUAAGAGUAUGAAGGAUACUCAGGCACGCGCCAAACGGACGAUGCGUGAAAUGAUGUCGUUCUGGAAACGGAACGAACGUGAAGAGCGUGAUCUGCGCCGUCUCGCAGAGAAGCAAGAACUUGAGUCAGCGAAGAGGGCAGAGGCCGAGCGCGAGGCUAAUCGCCAGAAGCGCAAGCUCAACUUCCUCAUCUCCCAGACCGAGUUGUACUCCCACUUUAUUGGUCGCAAGAUUCCAGGAGCAGACGGGGAGCCUGGGGACGCAGGUGUGGAGGGGGCUGAUGCCAUGGACUUGACCCCUGCCGUUGGUGCGAAGGUCACCAAUUUCGAGGACCUUGACUUCGACGCAGAGGACGACACCGCCCUUCGGCAGGCUGCCAUGGCCAAUGCUCAGAACGCGGUUCAACAGGCCCAGGAGAGAGCGCGUGCCUUUGAUGACCCUAAUAAGAGCACCAUGGACACGAUGGAUGAUAGCGAACUGAACUUCCAGAACCCCACGAGUUUGGGCGAUAUUGAGAUCUCGCAGCCUACAAUGCUUACGGCAAAACUAAAGGAAUACCAGUUGAAGGGCCUGAACUGGCUCGUCAACUUGUACGAGCAGGGCAUCAACGGUAUCCUAGCAGACGAGAUGGGUCUCGGUAAGACAAUUCAAUCCAUCUCAGUUAUGGCUUAUCUCGCCGAAGUCCAUAACAUCUGGGGUCCCUUCCUGGUUAUUGCGCCGGCAUCAACCCUUCACAACUGGCAGCAAGAAAUCACCAAAUUCGUUCCCAAUAUCAAGGUUCUGCCUUACUGGGGUAACUCGAAAGACCGCAAGAUUCUCCGCAAGUUCUGGGAUCGCAAGCACAUCACCUACACCAAGGAAUCAGAGUUCCACGUACUCGUGACUUCCUACCAACUAGUGGUUCUUGACUCGCAAUAUUUCCAGAAAGUCAAGUGGCAGUAUAUGAUUCUUGAUGAAGCCCAGGCCAUCAAAUCAUCCCAAAGUUCGCGUUGGAAGAGUCUCCUUGGCUUCCACUGCCGUAACCGUCUUCUUCUGACCGGUACUCCCAUUCAAAACAACAUGCAGGAGCUGUGGGCUCUUCUCCAUUUUAUCAUGCCCACGCUUUUUGACUCCCACGACGAGUUCAGCGAAUGGUUCUCCAAGGACAUCGAGUCUCAUGCACAAAGUAAUACGAAGCUCAACGAGGACCAACUCAGGCGUCUACAUAUGAUCUUGAAGCCUUUCAUGUUACGUCGUGUUAAGAAGCACGUCCAACAGGAGCUCGGUGACAAGGUCGAAAAGGACGUCUUCUGUGAUCUUACGUACCGUCAGCGUGCUCUCUACGCCAAUCUACGAAACCGCGUCAGUAUCAUGGAUCUCAUUGAGAAGGCUGCCGUCGGUGACGAAACAGACAGCACAACGCUGAUGAAUUUGGUUAUGCAAUUUCGUAAGGUUUGCAACCAUCCCGAUCUGUUUGAACGGGCUGAAACCAAGUCACCUUUCUCUCUUGCACACUUUGCAGAGACCGCUUCUUUUGUGAGAGAGGGUCACAGCGUUGACGUCGCCUACUCGACCCGCAACCUGAUCGAGUUCCCAGUGCCACGAAUACUCUGCAAGUCUGACGGCCGCGUCGAUAUGCCAGGACCUAAUAACUCAAAAGCCGGCUUCUGUGCCAAGUAUUUGUCGCACAUGAUGAACAUUUUCACGCCGGAAAAUAUCAAGCAGAGCGUGGAGGAUGACGGUGCAUUUUCCUUCUUGCGAUUUGUGGAUACCUCGGCCGGAGAGGCGUUUGACUAUUCUCAUCAAGGUGUAUUCGAGCGUGCCGUCCGUCGGCGCGCACGGACGAACAGGUUGUCCCGGCUCAACGUAGUUUAUGAUGAAGAUGAAUCUUUGUCUGCAGCAUUGGCCCACACUCUAUUCAACAUUGCCGAACGUAACGACCGCCAGGCUGUACACGAUAUCGCAGAGGAAGGGUACAUGCGUCAACUCAUGACUGUCUCUCGGUCAGUCUUUGAACAAGAGGGCCUCAACGUCAUUGAGCCUUGUGCCGGGCCUGCUGCAUCGGCACCCCCGAUCACUCUUAUGUCCUCAGGCCAAGGGGCCUCCAGAGAGACGGAGGAUGCCCUAUUCAACAUUCCUGUUCAGCAUGCCUUGUUCGGCACUCCUUCCAAGGCCAUGGAAGAGCAAAUCAUCGAGCAGCAGCUGGAUCCUACGCCUUACUCUCUUCCUCCGAUGUUGCCCGAGCCACUUUCAACCAAGGGUCGCUACACCCACAUCGAGGUUCCUUCAAUGCGACGAUUCGUUACAGAUUCUGGCAAGCUAGCCAAGCUAGAUGAACUCCUACGCGAACUGAAAGCAGGAGGCCACCGUGUGCUCCUUUACUUCCAGAUGACGCGCAUGAUUGACCUCAUGGAGGAGUACCUGACCUACCGCAACUACAAGUAUUGCCGUUUGGAUGGAAGCACCAAACUGGAGGAUCGCCGAGACACGGUGGCUGACUUCCAACAACGCCCCGAUAUCUUCGUGUUCCUUCUGUCCACACGCGCUGGUGGUCUGGGUAUCAACUUGACUGCCGCCGACACUGUCAUCUUCUACGACUCUGACUGGAACCCGACGAUCGACUCGCAAGCCAUGGACCGAGCUCAUCGUCUUGGUCAAACCAGACAGGUCACUGUGUACCGACUCAUCACUCGUUCCACUAUCGAGGAGCGCAUUCGUAAGCGAGCCUUGCAGAAAGAGGAGGUGCAACGAGUCGUCAUUUCCGGUGGUGCAGCCGGCGGUGUUGACUUCAACACACGCAACCGCGAUAGCAAGACCAAGGACAUUGCUAUGUGGCUUGCUGAUGACGAACAAGCGGAGCUUAUUGAGCAGAAGGAACGGGAAGCUCUCGAGCGAGGUGAAACUUUUGGUGCUGGCAAGGGCGGCAAGAAGAAUGCCCAGAAGAGAAAGAGAGAUGUUACACUGGAUGAUAUGUAUCACGAAGGCGAAGGAAAUUUCGAUGAUGCUAGUGCCAAACCAUCAGGAGCUGCGACACCUGUAUCAACGGCAGAAAACGUUGGAACACCCUCGGUUGGCACACCUAUUCCCAAGCGAGGGCGUGGCCGAGGGGGGAAGGGGAUGGCCAAACGAGCGAAGACAACCAAAGAACGACUACGUCUAAUAGACGGCGACGGGGGCUUGGGUAGUUAA